GGGGGUACGUACGGUCUGAUCCUGGGGGUACGUACGGUCUGAUCCUGGGGGUGUCUACGGUCUGGUCCUGGGGGUUUGUAUGGGCGGAGUUGCCUUCCUCCCUGGCCUCCAUAACGUCUCCCUCUUCCCCUCCUGGCCUGUCCUUGGUGCAGUUGGAGUUCAGUCGACAGGGCGGCGGCUUUGGCUUGUUUUGUUACCUUCUCUGGCCUGAUCUUUGGUGUGGCUUUGACUAGUUCACUUGGUCAAUGGUCUUCUGUCCUGCACUGCAGUUGUCCAUCGUGUUCUGUUUCUAUCACAUACACAUUGGCGGUGUAUUACUUUGCCAGUUCAGUCUUUUGAACCACAAACCUCUUUCCCCCCGUAAGAGAUGAUACCAUGUCAUUCCUUACUAUACCGGGGUUCAGGAUAUACCUAGGAUGUAAAGACCUUGUGUAGCUGUCCUUCUUCUCAUCCAACUUGUUUUACUAGUUGAAUAAUUCCAGCGUUAUAUUCUGUUUGAUACCCGUUGGGAUCUGUUUUGUUUUCAACCACUGCCUCUUGUAUUAUCAACUUGUUCUGUUUCUACCCGGUUUGGAUUUUCGGAUCAACGUGUUUCUUUCUCAGUCAGCAAUACCUCUCACCCAAUCGUAUUUUGAUUUCGACUCAGCAUCCUGUUAUCAAAUGUCUGGUCUGAAAGAGGAAGUCUCACAGACAUCUACCACUCCCUAGCAGCACACCACAGCAGUUUUGCACAAUGCCAUAAUGUAUCAGUUUAUAUGGACUUAUAAUUCUUAAAGCUUUUAUAACUUAUAACAGGAUUAGAAAAUUUACCCUCUACAGCAUUCACUGUGAAGAUCUUCAUUUCAUCUUCAUGCUUUAUUUUUAAAACAUUGCAGCCAAACUGAUUCCAGAACAGAUUUUAUAGAGGGAGGCAGAUGGAGUUCCCCAGGCACAGCAGUGAAUGUGGCUACAAACUGUGCUCUGCAAGGAAACCUGUCCCAGGUGCAGAUUCUGAGAAUCGGGAGGUGACCACAGACAACCGAUCCAGUCUGGGCUCAGAACCAACACCAGAGAAGACAUCCUCAUGCCUGGCCCAGUCCCAACCCUCCUCUGCUGGCCCACCUAAGUCAGAUGAAAAGAGAACCAGUCUGGAGGAGCUGCUGAGAGACCUGGGACUAGAACACCACCUGAAGAACAAGCUGACUCUGAGCCAGGUGCUGCAGAUUGACGGAGAGACUUUAUCUGAUGAAAGCUUCCAGUCUCUGAAAUCUCUGCCAUGGUGUUUCCUGAGGAAGCUGAUGAUGGUGAAUGAGUCCUUUCGUAGAAUGAGCUAUAACUCAGAACAGGACACAGAGCCCCAAAACCUGGAUAGCUUACUGAGCACUGAGCACAAUCCACAGGACCACAGCAACAGAGUCAACCCCCUUGACCUCAUAACUGCUGUAUUUCUGUGCUCAGAUGGUUUUCUCCAGCAGGAGAUGGCUUUGAAAAUGUCCAUGUGCCAGUUCUCUGUGCCUCUGCUGCUUCCUACAUGUGAUACCCAGCUGUGCACUUUAAUGCUGUGGGCCAUGAGGGAUAUUGUGAAAAAGUACAAGCCACACUCUUUGGAUGAUCAAAUAGGGUUUGUGGAGGAGAGCAUUGUUCUCUCUGACCUCCCCAUGGUCUCUUUUGUGAGGCUGGGAAACUGCAGCAUGUCCAAGUCUCACAUUCUGAACCAAGUCCUCAGCAACCCUCAGCAGUACCAGGACACCUUUGUUCACAAAAACAUGGAGUGUGGUGACACCCCAAGGAGGAUUUCCAAUGGGCUGGUGGAAAUCAGCUGGUAUCUGCCCAGUGGGAACAAAAACACUGACAUCUUCUCUGAGCCUCUGGCUAUAGCUAACCUCCGUGGGGACCUCAGAGAAACUCAGUACUUUGAAACUCAGUACGCUUUCCUCUGCCACACAUCUACUGCUAUAUUUGUGUUUUGCGACGACUUUAAGUUUGAACAAAGAUUUCUCGACUCUAAGACUCAUUGGAUUUUGAUCACCAAUUCACAGAGCCAGAGCUUCAAUGAGGAUGACUUCAGGAGAUGUGUUUCUGAGAGAAAACCCAGUGACAUCAUCAAAAAGCAUCCGCGGAUGAAUGAUGCAGAAUUCAACAAAAAACUGCGUUCGGCUAUCCGUGGAAUUUUAAAGGGAAACAUUAAAAUGAGCAUUGAAAGGAUGUCUGCUCUUGCAUAUGAGCUUGGGAUCCAUGUUGAUGAAAAUGACAUCCACUGUAAGAGGGGCAAGCAGAAGGCAGAUGAAAUCACAGGAGGAAUAUCUGACAUACCGAGCUUCAAGGAGAAAGAGCUGCCCUUGCAAGGGACUGCAUGGAAACAGCUGGCAAAACUGGAGAAGGAACAGUGCAGGAUGAAAAAUGCUGGGGAGAAAAAAAUAGAAGUUUACCAGAAUGAGCUUGAAGAUCAGAGGCAGAAGCUCAGAGAACAGCAGAGGGCUCACAGCAUCUCCGAUUCUAUGUCACGUUUCAUCUCUGCGAUGUGCAAUUCCACAGAGGAGCGCAAGUAUUUCCUCAAGUGGAUGAGGAUCAAUCUGGAUAAUCUGUCACGCAAAAGCCUUCCACCUCUUCGGGCAAAGUACAAGGAACAGUGUCAGAGUUCCUCAGAAAACAAGGAGCUCAUGGCUAAGUUGGACAGGGAGAUCUCCAGCUGCUCCUUGGGGACGGAGCACUUCCUGAGGGAAAUGGGUCAGCUGUAUGAGUCGGCCUGCUCUCUCCCUGAAGCCCUCACCCCAGAGAUUAAGCGCCUGCCACGUCUCUGUGCCGAGCUGCUACAGGAGGGCUUUCCUCUUGAGCUGGUGGAUGGAGACGUGAGCAAUAUUCCUCUGGAGUGGGUGACGCAGGUUCUGAAAGAACUCCAUCAUCUCACACAGGAUAAAUGUAAGAUCCGGGUGAUCACUGUACUGGGGGUACAGAGCACUGGGAAGUCCACCCUCCUGAACACCAUGUUUGGGGUCCAGUUUGCUGUCAGUAGUGGCAGGUGCACCAGAGGGGCCUUCAUGCUCCUCAUCAGAGUGAAAGAGGAUUUUAAGGUGCAGCUUGGGUGUGAUUACAUCAUGGUUAUUGACACUGAAGGUUUGAAGGCACCACAGUUGGCACAGCUGGAUGACAGUCAUGAGCAUGAUAAUGAACUGGCCACUCUGGUGGUGGGGCUGAGUGACAUCACAGUCAUCAACAUCCCCAUGGAGAAUUCCAUGGAUAUGAACGAUAUCCUGCAGAUUGUGGUGCACGCCUUCUUACGUAUGAAAGAAGUUGGGAGAAAACCCUGCUGUCAGUUUGUGCACCAGAAUGUACCAGACAUCUCUGCCCAUGACAGUAACAUUAGAGACAGGAAUUCUCUGCUGGAGAAGCUGAAUGAGAUGACCCAAGCAGCAGCUAAGAUGGAAAAGAAGGGAAACAACUACACAUUUACUGAUGUCAUGGAGUAUGAUCCAGAGACAAACACCUGGUACAUCCCUGGGCUCUGGCACGGCAACCCUCCCAUGGCACCUGUCAAUGUUGGCUACAGUGAGUCUGUGGAUCUUUUCAAGUGGAAUGUGAUUGAGAAAUUUAUGGAACAAAAAUCUGGAGACAGCUCAGCACACACAAUCAUUGAGUUCCUUGAAUGGACCAAGAGCUUAUGGAAUGCAGUGAAGCAUGAGAACUUCAUCUUCAGUUUCCGCAACAGCCUUGUAGCUGAAGCUUAUGCUCAGCUUUGCACUGAGUUCAACCAAUGGGAUUGGGCCUUCAGGAAGAACAUGUACUCCUGGCUAAUGGAAGCUGAGACAAAGGUGUCAAACUUUGGCAGAGAAGCAGAAUUUAAGAGUUUGGAUGAGUUACUGAUCCACCUGAAAAAUGAGGCCUUUGCUGAACUGAAUAAUGGGGAAACGGUCAUUUUGGCCAACCUCACUGAAUUCUACAAGAGGCAAGAGGGACAUGUUCACUUGGUAGAGAAGUACAAGGAGGGCUUCAACAUCACAGCCAAAACCAUCAGGAGGGAGACAGAGAGCUCUGUGAUGAACAAGCUUGAGGCAGCGGUGGAGAUCAGAAAGGGUAUGUUCAGGUUAGAGAGCAUCAAGAAAAACCACACAGCCACAAUGGAGAAAAAGGUGCUGGAGCUGAUUGAGAAAUGCAGAACAAGUAAAGAUCUGUCUGAUCAACAGCUAGAGGAUGAAUUUAAGAAGAUGUGGGAUGAGACUGUAGCAGAGCUGCGGUUCCCUAGCAUGGAAGAACGAGACAUUGUGCCAGACAUCUCCCACCAGCUGCGGGGUAACUUAGAGAUGAAAGGCAGCUUAGUACAUGAAAUACUGUCAAAAAGGAGCAACUUGAUUAAAUAUGGAGAAAAGCCAUUCAAAGUGAAAAGUAAACAUUUGGUUUCAAAACAAUGGUUUAGGAAUGUAUUCUCAGGAAAGGAGCUGAAAGAGUCCCAGCAGGUAGUUGAUCACAUCAUUGAGCAGAGCAAGCAGUUUGUCGAUGAGAAACUGAGAACAAGAUCUGAUUACCAUAAAACAUACACAAUAGAGUUGCUUUGCAAGGUAGACGAAAUCCUGGACAGGAACAUGAAUCUGGAAACAACUGCUGAAUUUCAGGCCAAGCUGAAGAUCCACAUCUGUGGACAUGCAGCACGGGAGUUUCAAAAAAUGCAUCAAGCUUUUGUCCAUGCAAAUGAUCCUCGUCACUGUCUGAAACAGUUCAAGCAACAGUACUACACAGACUUUAAGGACCUGUUCAACAAAAGAGACCAGUGUCAGAAGAAAGCCAAAGAUUUCACCGUCAACUGUCUUCAACCUGCGGUGAAGGAAUAUAUCACCAAAUCUCUGGGCCCUGACCUUGUAGAUUACAUGUUGACAGGACAAACAGCCAUUGCUUUCAGCACUCGAACCUUCUUCCAGUUCUCAAUCCUUGAGCAGCUGCUUAAGCAUGAUAACUUUCAGGACUUUGUGAGAUACAUAAAAAAUUACGAGACCUUUGUACAUGACUGGAUAUUGAAGCUGAUGGUGAAGCAGUUCUCGGAGGGAGAUCGCCUCAGGAACAUUGAGAUGAACCGCCUGAAGGUGAUGCUUAGAAGAAUAAAGGAAGCCAUUAAGAAUGCACAGAUGAAGGCAGCUGAACAGGCAGCAGGAAGGGGUGAGGAGGCCAAGAACAUUCAGCAGUUCAUUCAGGAUAUCUGUAGUGACCUAGCGAAGGAGCUUAUCAUCCCCAAAGACCCCCUCAGAGCAGUCCUGGCCUUAAACUCUGCCAAACCAGAAGACUUUUCCCGGUGUCUGGAGGUGCUUGUGGAUGAAAUGGAGCAGGCUUUUACCACAGAGUUUCAGAAAGGUGGGGAUGUGAGGGCCAGGCUGAACUCACUGCCCUUUCAGCCACAGAAGGAGCUGUUUAACAUGGUGUUUGGCUGUGGGAAGCAGUGUCCCUUCUGUGCGACCCCCUGUGAAGCUGGUGGCGAGAACCACACAGAGCACUUUGCUUCCAUUCACCGUCCUCAGGGGAUUGUGGGAUGGAGGUUUCAUUUAUCGCAUAUAUUAAUGAGCAAUAUCUGCUCCAUCAAUGUUGCCAGUGGGAAAGAAUUCAGGUUGAAAGGAACAGAGAAGAAAUGGCAUUCAUACAAGAACUAUCGGAGCAUUUACCCUGACUGGCGUAUCCAGCCUGACACCAGCAUCCAGGCCUCAGACUACUGGAAGUACGUCUUCUGCAGGUAUAAUAAGCAGUUUGCAGAGGAAUAUAAAGCCACGUCUGCUGAUAUUCCCAACCAAUGGAGAUAUAUAACCCAGGAACAAGCCAUGGAAAGUCUGAAGGAAUCCUUCCUGAUGAAAACAGGAGAUUAAAUUAAAAGUUUCUUACAGCCUAUAUGUCAUUGGGGCUGAAAUUGUUUCUUCUGAGUGGCAUUAAUAUCAAAUAGUCAGCUGACAGGUGCAACUCAUAAUGGUUAAGCAAAACAGAGCCCCAGCCAAGUUGAAUGGCAUGAACAAACAGCAAGUUUUAUACAAUACAAAUAAAGCACUCAUCAUUUUAAAAGGGGACAGUUGAAUUCAAUCAUCACUGAUGUUCGGAAAGAGUGAGAAUUCCUGGUCACUGAUACAGACACUGCUGAAUUCCUGCAGCCACCCCUGAGUCUUCUCUGGUGAGAGAUAAUACCAUCAGCAGCUCAUUGUACUCAUAAAAUCUUAUUCAUACUAUAAAGUGAUAUUGCCUCUAUCCUUACCUAUUCAGCAUUUAUCUGUACAAAUCACCAUAUUAAAGAAGAUUUUUUUUUUUUACACAAAAAUCCAAAUGUGUUCUAUCACGUAAAUCAUUCUUCUAAUUAAAGCAUAUGAACUUCAUGUGUCAUAGGCAAUUAUCAGCUCUACAUCACUGCUUGCUUAGGUGUUCAUUACUUACUGCCUUGUUGAUCUGUUAUAUGUUAGAUAAUCAUCACUUUAUGUUUUAUGUCACUAUUAUGACAAUAUUUUUCCAUUUAGAAAACUGAAUUGAAACUUUGUUUUGCAUCGUUGUAAAACUAAUGAAUUUCUCCAGACACAUUCUCAUUCUCACAUUAAAAAUAAACUUUUCAUUUGAUUUGACCUUAA